AACAUAGUGGCAAAAGUAGUACUUAAAGCGUUAGAAAAUGUUGAAAGUGCAAAUCAAAGUUGGUUUGAAGAGGCUAAAUCACAUUUAGCUAUAAGUAAUAAAUGGGCGUGUGUUGUUAAUUGUUAUGGUUUAACACAAAAUCCAUCAAAUGGAAAUUAUAUGCUUGUAAUGAAUGAAAUGGAUAUAGAUUUAAGAAAAUAUUUACGACAAAAUCAUAAUCAACUUACAUGGAAAGAUAGAAUUAAUAUUUCUUAUGAAAUAAUUUUUGCACUUUAUUAUAUUCAUGAUGAGAAAGCAGUUCAUAGAGAUUUACAUUCCGGAAAUAUAUUAUAUUCAAAAUUUAAUGAUAGGUGGUUAAUUAGUGAUCUUGGAUUUUGUGGACCUGCUGAUAAAUCUUCAACAAGUAUAUAUGGAAACCUUCCUUACAUAGCACCCGAAGUUAUCGUUGGAAGAGAGUAUACUUUUACAUCUGAUAUUUAUAGUAUUGCAAUUCUUAUGUGGGAAAUUUCAUCUGGACAAACACCAUUUAUAAAUUAUGAACAUGAAAAUGAUAUUGUAAUGAAUAUUAUACACGGUAUAAGGCCAAAAAUUGUGACAGGAACUCCAUUAGAAUAUAAAAAUUUAAUGAAAGAAUGUUGGGAUGCUGAUCCAUUAAAAAGACUUGACGCUUAUGCACUUAUGAAAAAAAUGGAAAAAAUUCAUUUAGAUUAUCAAAAUAUACCAGAUGAAUUGAUCAAAUCAGUAAUAGAUAAUUUAGAAAUGAAUAAAGUAGAAGAAAAUUAUACGAAUAGUAGUAAAAAAAUAUCUAAAUUAUUUAAAAAGUUGCAAAUAAAUUCAAAUGAUGAUGAAAAAGAAAUAACUCAACAACAAAUAAAAGGGCAAAAUAUUAAUGUCGAUGCAGAAGAUAAGGAUGAAAAUUCACCUAGUUUGGAAUUGUGUGGAGAUUGUAAUUUAAAUAUAAGUAAAUUAAAUGAUAAGAGAAAGAAAAGUAAUUUAUUUAGAGAAUAA